CUGUACCAAUUGAACCUGGCAUAUUGGCGAUGCGUUCAUCUGGCUGUUCUUUACUGCGACAUCCACAGAUGGCCCCUGACAUGUGCGUCAUCCUGCUAGGCGAACCUUCAACCAACACAAGCCGUUCAAGUGCUCAACGAUCGGGUGAAGCGCAUUUCAAGACUCAAUGUCGAGAUUGCCGACUGGCUUCAGGUAUGCGACUCAUCGACACAGUUGUGUUUUCAAGCCCUUACUAACUGCGGCACGUUAGGAAAGACGCAGAGUUGAGGAGCAAUAUGUCCAAGGUCUCCGGAAGUUGACCCAAUUUAGGGUCCCUAAUGCGCAAUCAGAGCUUGGCACUUUCCAGGUACAAUGGGACAAGAUUGUCUCGUCUGCCGAAGGCAUCGCGAUGUCCCACCACCUGUUCGCGACCAAGAUCGAAAAGGACGUCGAGACACCGCUGCGCACCUUUCACAUGAAGAAGGAGAUGCAGAACAUCCAGACAAUACAGGGCAAUCUACACAACAUGGCCAAGGAGCUCGACGAUGCUCAGAAGAAGUCGGAAGCCCUCAACAAAAAGGCUGGGAAGACGAGCGCCGCCAAAAUGGACCAGGCAGCUUCGAGAUUGGAAUCUGCAACAAGCCAGUGGGAGUCGCAAGCUCCCUUCAUCUUCGAAUCCCUUCAAGCACUAGACGAAACCCGACUGAACCAACUGCGCGACGUUAUGACCCAGUAUGGAACAUACGAAGGCGAACAAGGUCAGCAGAAACAGGCAGAUGCCGAAUCUGUCUUGAACAGCCUGCUCGACUAUCAUACAGGCAACGAGAUCCAGUCCUUUGUAGCAAAGACGACAGCUGGCCGGCCCAAAGUACAGAGCCGACCUCCCACGACCACUCGCGCAUCGUCGAGUCUCGGCGGCGGCGGUUCAUCACUCGCCCAAACACCAAGCAUCAACGCGCCGCCUGCGCCGCCUACAGCUCCAUCUACAUACGACGAUGACCGCAGCGACCAUUCCGGCCUGAGGGAAGAAAAGGGAGGCGAGAACAAGCUGCGAAGUCGCAUUGGUACUAUGCUGGGCAGAAGACGACAGAGCAUCCACGGCGGAUUCGGUCAACUAUCACCGGCUAAGGGUGCGACCGUUUUCGGUAGAAAUACGAGAAGCAGUCACGGCCUGUCACCCCGAGCAUCAUCGAGCAAUCUUGCCGAAUCGAAUAACAGAUUAGAAUCCCUUGCCGAGCGACCCGACUCUUCGGGCCAACCUACGCGAUCGUCGGAAGCAAACGAGAAGUCAAGUCACGAGGGUACCAACGGUGUUGGAGGCGACAGCGCAAUUGAUGCACCGCCAUUUACGGAGCAGACUUCAGCCACUCAUGUUAAUGGCACAAGUACUAUUCUGCCGGCUGACAUUGCCGAUGUUCCACCACCACCCGGCCCGCCUCCCUCUCAGAGGGAACCUGAAAAGGACGCCGAGGGUUUCAGCGUGCCAGCCCCAUCCAAUGAUCCCAUAACCGCAGCCCAGAGGGAAGCCGGUGAGACGAUUCCCGAAGAUGGUGAGCCAGCAUUCAAGCUCAACAUUCAGAAAGAGCCCGUCGCCGAUGAAGACCCCGAGGAGAGACAGGCGGCUUUGUCCAACUUUUCCAACAGUCUCUCAGCGCUUGGCGUGCCAACACGCAAGACGGGUACAGUCCGUGGCCGCAGAGAUGUUAGGAACACCAUCUAUGUGCCCGCACCUGUAUCAGAAGAUAGUCCUCUGCCUCCAUCGCCAGCUGUUCCGGCUUCCUUCUCGAAGCCUUCGGCUAUGGCGGCUUUGACCUCGGAAGUUAGCGUGGCCGGCACUUCGGACACGCAGUCCAUCCGCUCGUCCAACUCCUUGAAUAGCAUUGCGCACUUCCACCAUCCUGACAUGCACGAGCCAGGAUUGAACUCAUCUGUCAUGGAGACUGUGUCGGCGACCUUUGAAGCUGGCCAAGUCAAGUCCGCCAAAAUUAAUGGCGAGAUAGCCUUUUCGUUUAAUCCAACCGACCCGUCAAGCGCUCAAGCACAUCAAGCCAUUCGCGUCAACAAUUUCCUUGCUCUUGAAGCAAUCGGUCCAAACCGGAUAUUCGUCGCAAACCAUACACCAGACCAGCCAGAUCAGUUCACGUUGGAUCUGUCACAUCUUCGCCAAACCCAGGCCACCGUUGGUUUCUCGUACCGAUUGCACAGCGAUCCGACGACACCGCCCACAGACCAUGUGCCCCUCUUGGUGAAACCUGUUUGGAAGCCGCAAGGUGACAAACUUGGUUUGCUACUGCAAUACAAGCUGAACCCAGCCUUCAAAUUUGGCUCCCACAUUACUUUACAAAACGUCGUCUUCCUUGUUGCAUACGAAGGCAAGGCGUCGGGCGCUCAAACCAAGCCUUCAGGAACCCAUUUGAAGGACAAGCAUCUAGUAUACUGGCGUCUGGGAGACAUCACGCUAGACGCCGCCCAAGAUUGGCAAAAGAUUGUUUGCCGGAUCAUAGGCGAGGCUGGAGUUGAGCCGAAACCUGGAACAGUAGAUGCGCGGUGGGAAUGCACCCCUAACCUCCAAUUCUCGGACGGUAUUAGCAUCUCGAGACUCGAAGAGGGUAAAGGCAAAGAGAUCGAAUUGAGUGAGGACGACCCUUUCGCGGACGCAGGUGCAAGCGACAGUGGAGAGGGGUCACGUUGGGUUGAUGUACAUGCCGCCAGGAAGCUUGUCAGCGGCAAGUACGAAGCGCAUUCGUAGAACGGUUGGGUGUUGUUGAAGCCAGUAUAUUUUGUUAUCAUUCGUACAUAUAUGCGAUCGUACUUGACGAAUAGGCUGACUAUUGCCAUUCAUCUCAAGCAUUGAAGCAUUUUGACAUUAGCGGGCAUUGGUGGUAAGAGAUCGGUCCAAGUUCAUUCUAACAUUCUUAUUGGUUCGAUGUAUGCUGUCUGAUUCGUGUGUGGCCAAUUUGAUCCUUGCGCGAAUCCUACAUAACGAUCACACCUCAGAUCCUCGUUCCAAGCCGCCAGGCAGCACUUGUCAAUGUCUCAUCUUUAGGUUCCCCUAAUCCAUUACCAUCUUCUGUCAC